GAGAUGUUUUGCUUGGUUGCAUUUCCAAGACUAGCUUUCCCUCAGGGACAAUUGAAGACUCCCUAGGGAAUUCUGAAAACUGGAAGAUAUUUCAGAAAUGUGCCAUUUCUUCAACUGGUGGCAGUCCAUCGGAGUGUUCCUUGUAGUGAGCCAGUUAGUUAAGCUGGAUUGCAUGUUGGCAUAAUGUGUAUUGGGGAAGCUGGGGUAGUCAUCAGUUUGGCCCUGAGAGAUGAAGGGCAUUUUGAAGCCAAGGCCUAAGAGGAGCAGAACUGGGUGAAGCCACAGUCUUACUGUCCUCAACGUUGAGGCCAUCAGAGACAGACUUUCAAGAUACAUCAGGAAUGACCUUCAAGAAUCAGGUUGAGACCAAGGGCCAGACUUCCUCUCCACCCCCCUGGACUGAGAUGUCUAAUUCCUUUCUUGAGUUCAUUGAGAGCAACACUGUAGAUAGGAAUGCCAACUUUCCUUUUAGCCUAAGAUUAUCCAGCCCAGAGGCACCAGGUUCCUUAGAAUACAUGCCAUAUUUUAGAACUCAUGGCAAUACCUUUAUUAUCCCAUGGCCAAUGGAACAUGAGAGAAAUGCCCAUGCAACUGAGGUUAAAAGGGAGAGAGGAGGAAGUCCUGCAAAAGCUUAUGCCCAAAAAACCAAUGAGAUGUCAGAGGAUUCCAUUCCUGCCAGUGGGUAUUUUCCAUAUUAUCGAACGGAGGAAGACCUAACAGGAAGCCUAUUGCUGCAGAAUGGGCUCUGUAAAACCUGCAGAGAAGACCAAAGGCAAAGUGGUGAAGGAAGAAAAGGCACAACAGGAAGAAGUGAAAGCGGUUGUUCCACACCUACCUGUUAUAGAACCAUGAUACCCUCACCAAUCCUGACACAGAGUGAAAUCACCCCCCUCCCCACCACUCUUCAGCUUCCUGAUCCUCUAGGAUCCUUCCCCGAUGAGAACCUCAGUGUUAGUGGAAUGGAGAUCUCUGUUUUAGGGGAAACAUCACUUCUGAGAGAGUUCUAUAUCCCAACAGGAUACACACAAUAUUACCGCACAGAAGAAUCACUCCUGGGAAGCCAUGCCCCACACCUCUUCCCUUUUGGGGCAGAAGAAGAGCAUGGGGAUGGUCCAGAGAAGGAGAGGCAUUUUGAACCCAACCCACUGGUUGAACCCAACCUUCUCUGGAUUCUGGGAGAAGGCCAGCUAAAUUGCUGACCUCACCAAUGCCACCCAGGGAGGGAGAAACCCAGAUGAGGUUAUUGCUCUAAAAAACAGCAGGAAUGCCAGCUUAGAGGUUGGGCGGGAGGCAGGGAGAGGAAAGAGAUUGCAGUUCAAGCUUGAAAACAUCUUUAGAGAAAGCAGAGAGAGGGAUUUAUGUCCUGAUGUGCCUGAGUUUUGAGGAAAUAGGGGAAAUUAAUCUGAGACUUGUAAACAUGAAAAGAGGAAGAAACCAUCAACAUGAAUACACUCGGUCUGAGCAGGGAAAGUGGGAUUCCAGAGCGCCGGCAGCCAGGCAGAGAUUUAGAUCCAGAGAUCCACUCCUGCAUCAAGGCAGAAACGUGAGAGCUGGGUGGAAAUGGAGGCAGCUGCUCUGUAAUGACCUGGGCCUGGCUCAUCUCUCGUCCUGUCUGCAAAAAACCAAGGAAGGGAACUAUUGUAGCAGUGGACAGUCUUCCCACCUCCCAGCAGCCAAGCAGGUGGCAAGCCUUUGAUCCCUUGGGAACGGUACAUCCUCCCCACAGUGACCAUCGGAUGACUCAGAUUCCCAGCCUCCGCCUAUAAGCCCACAGAAUCCGGUGUAGACAACAAUGAUGCUCCACUCCCUCACAGCCUGCCAAGCCACACCUACUCGGUGUAUUUCUGUAAUUGGACUCACUGACUUUUGAGUCUUGUGAGUCCUGGGCAGAUUCUUGCUCUUUCCUCUGCCAGUAAUACGAUAGGCCCCCAAGUGAUGGUCCACCACUUGCUUAUCAACUCUGCAUCCUCAUUUGGCAUUGAAUGGUUCCCAACCCAGUGGAAUAGAAAGCUUCUUCCUCCCCUCCUCCAGAGUUGGUUCCAUCCCAGUACCAGCCUCCUUAGACUUUGGUGUACUCCAUCAAAGCAGUAAGAAUGAAAAAUACUUAGCAGGAAUUAUUUUUUUGCAAAUAAAAUGGUCCUACUAUUA